AUGGGUCGCGUUCUUAAGCCAGGCGGCCUAGCUAUCAUGAGCUUCUCCAACCGAUGCUUCUGGACAAAGGCAAUCUCAAUAUGGACAUCAACAGGUGAUGCUGAUCAUGUCAUGAUUGUUGGAUCAUACUUCCACUAUGCUGGGGGUUUUGAACCCCCUCAGGCUGUAGAUAUAUCUCCGAAUCCUGGACGUUCAGAUCCAAUGUACAUUGUGUACUCAAGAAAGCUUGCUACUGUCUAA